AGUUCGAGAUCGAAGACCCCCUCGAUUUCAAUUUAUUUACAUAACCAUCCGCGUCCUUAGCCGCCAGCAAUGUCUUCGACCUUGACUAGCAGCAGGGCUUUUAUUAUUUGGGUCAUAAUAAAAAAUAAAGCCCAUAAAAAGCCCAAAUUAAAUUAUCGAACGUUGUUUCGAUACUCAUUACAAAACAGCCCCAAAUGUUUUGAAUAGAGCCAAUUGAGUCCUCUGAUCCUUUUAUCUUCUUCAAAUGGGGAGUCUCUUCAUCUCCACCGUGCCUCUGUUGCCGUUCCGGAUUCAGACGCAGACCCGACUUGCUGUAAUCAGUACGCGAGCGAAUACCCGAUCAUUCAAUCACAAGCCGACAAGGAUUUGCACGAAAGUUAGAGGUUUGGGAGGAAAUGGAAGAGGGCAGAAUGAUUCGAGGUUCGUUGAUGAAAAUGGCGGAGUUGAGGACAUGGAAGGUUACUUGGAUCAUCUCUCACUUGAAUACGACUCCGUAUGGGACACAAAGCCAUCCUGGUGUCAGCCAUGGACGAUAGUGGUGACGGGUUUAUCAAUAGUGGCAUGUAGCUGGGUGAUUUUACAUUCGGUUUUAGUUUCAUCGCUUGCCGUUGCUUUAAUUGCCGCUUGGUGGUACAUUUUCCUUUACAGCUACCCAAAGUCUUACUCAGAAAUGAUUGCUGAAAGAAGGGCAAGAGUAGCUGAUGGCUUUGAAGACAUUUACGGCAAAAACAAGAAGACUCUGUAGACAAAUCCCCUCUCCUUAUGUUUGAAUUACCACAUUCGUUUGCUUGUCGCUUAAACCAUGUAUCUAUCGGUUCAUCUUAGUUUCAAUUCACAUAUAUGUUUGGAUAACAAAGCUCUUGAAUUUUGAAGAUCUUAUCAAACCAAA